AUGACGAGCAUCACCAGCAUAGCAGCACUGAUACUGUUGGUUGUUGGAUACUAUGUGGUCCUUUUGACAUAUCAACUGUUCAUUUCCCCACUGAGCAGGAUACCUGGCCCAUGGAUCACGCGAAUUUCCAGUGUCCUUGAGGCAAAUGCGCUGAAAGAUAAAAGAAGGGCACAAUGGGCGACCGACCUAUUUGCGCUCUAUCCUGGUUCCGUGGCAGUGCGGACGGGGCCAAAUUCUGUCUCUUUCAAUCAUCCGGAUGCCGUGAAGGCAAUUUAUGGACAUGGUAAGGGUCAAGAAGAGUUUGGUAAAUCAAGCUGGUACGACGCCUUCUCAACGACGGGAGAAUCCUUGUUUUCUACAAGAUCGAAAAAACGGCAUGCGAUGAAGCGACGAAUGGUGGCACAUAGCUUCAGCAUGCAGUCGCUCUAUCACUUUGAGCCGUAUGCUGAUACCACUAUCGAGAUUUUCCUGCGAAAGAUGGAUGAGUUCGCAACUACCAGCCAGCCAUUUGACAUAUACUUCUGGUUCGAACUUUUCACAAUGGAUCUGAUGGGUGAACUUGCAUUUGGCCAAAGCUUUGGAACCUUGAAAGCCGGUCAACCUGCCAGGUACUCAAAACUUGUGGAGCUCUCCCAGAGAUUCUCAAAUUUAAGCGGUAUGUUGCCAUUUGGAAAGUAUAACGUGCGAGUACUUAGUUUGGUGCCUCUGCCAUAUGUUCAAAGCUUGUGGAGAGCUCGACUUGAAUAUCUUGAGUACGCAAGGAAAGCGCUGGAAAAACGUUUUCAGGAUAAUCGGAGACAAAUUUCAUCCAGUGGCAAGCCUCGUCAGGACAUUAUGCAACGAUUUAUCGAAGCACAAGACCCAGAGACAGGCGCACGAAUGGAUUUUCCGGAGCUCAGGGCCGAAGCAUCGUCCCUAAUGGUGGCCGGUGCAUCAACUGGAAGUGUCACCAUGAACUGGAUGACUUAUUACCUCUCCAAAAACCCUUCCGUCAGGUCACAAAUCAUCCAGCAACUGGAAGAGAUGUUUCCCGACAACCUCGAUGCUUCAGCACCUAUUCCAUUCUCGAAGUUGAACAAAUUAAAUCUUCUUGAAGCCACUGAGAUAGAGUGCCUACGAAUGCACCCGCCAAUAGGUUAUGCCAUGCCACGUGUGACCCCCUCUGCAGGGGCUGUCAUCUGCGAUGUCUACGUCCCAGGCGGUGUGGAUGUCGGCGUGCCUGCAGCCACGAUUGGUCGCAAUGCCUCAGUUUAUAACGAACCAGACACCUGGAAGCCCGAUCGAUGGUUGGACGAGAAGGCUGACUUGGCAACGAUGAAAAUAUGCUUCCUCGGGUUUGGCUAUGGCAGUAGGCAGUGCAUUGGACGAAAUGUUGCGAAUCAAUUUGUCAUGAAGCUGAUGGCAUCGUUGUUGCUCAGAUACGAAAUCGAGUUGGAGGACCCAACUCUAGUACUUGGGACUAAAGAAUUCACCAUUCAGAAGCCGGACAGGAAUUACAACGUAAUCUUGCGACCCAGGAAAUCCAGAGGGUAUCCGGAAAAGGCAAUCCGUUCAUAG